GUCCUGAUGGCAAGUACCAGUUUUUGGCAGGGCGGGGAAAUAGGUCAAGAAGCAACAAGGCACCGAGAUAAACAGAAGCUUGACUCACUAAACUCCACUUCAUCUACUCCUAGGAAAGAGACGGGUUUUCUUUGCUUGAUAAUAGUCAUCAUCCACAGCCAUGGGACUGUUCAGCUCCCCUACACCCUAUCACGGACAGGUAUACAGUGAUCUUCGCAAGCAGGCCCAGACAUCAGGACAUCCGUUCAUAGACACGGAUUUCCCUCCAGAUGACAAGUCCCUGUUCUAUACCAAGGGGAAACUGGCGGGAGUGGAAUGGAAAAGACCCAAGGAUAUUUGUGAAAACCCCAAACUGUUUGUCGAAGGAACAAGUAGUGGGGACGUAUCACAAGGCCAGCUGGGUAACUGUUGGUUUGUGGCAGCUGCAUCUUGUUUGGCCAAUGAGAAGGCAAUUUGGCAGAAGGUCAUCCCAAAUCACAAGGACCAGGAAUGGGACGACCAGCAUCCAGAAAAAUAUGGCGGCAUAUUCCAUUUCCAGUUUUGGCGAUAUGGCGAGUGGAUUGACGUUGUGAUCGAUGAUUUCUUGCCUACAAUUGGGGGCCAGUUGUGCUUUGUGCACUCAACAUCCAAGAAUGAAUUCUGGAGUGCCUUGCUGGAGAAGGCAUACGCAAAGUUAUUUGGUUGCUAUGAAGCACUAGAUGGAGGUAGUUUGGAAGAAGCUCUCACAGAUUUUACAGGUGGUAUCGCAGAAGAUAUUAACAUCAAGGAGGGCCAAUACGCCACAGACACAGUCAAGCAGAUGGAAUUAUGGGAUAUGGCAUACAAGGAGAUCCAGAGGAGAUCGCUUAUGGCAGCUGCAAUACCUGCCCAAUCAGCAGAUGAGAUGGAGGCAAAAACAGACACAGGUCUGGUGAAAGGCCACGCCUACGGAAUUACCGCUGUGAAGAAAGUGCCACUAGAGGGCACUGGGCUCUUCAACUUCUUCAAGAAGGACAAAAUUAAGAUGGUGCGACUGAGGAACCCGUGGGGAGGAGUUGAAUGGACGGGGGCUUUUAGUGAUGGAUCGCCAGAAUGGGAAAAGAUUGGAAAAGGAGAUCGAGAGAAACUUGGACUGACUUUUGAAGAUGAUGGAGAAUUUUGGAUGACUUUCGAUGACUUCUGCACCUAUUUCACCAAUAUGGCCAUAUGCAGGGUGGUGAAUACAUCGUUCUUCAGCCUUCACAAAGCGUGGUGGGAGGCAAAGUUUCACGGUGCCUGGAAAAACCCCAUGAGAGCUGGUGGCUGUUUGAACAACAAAGACACAUUUUUGAGGAAUCCUCAGUACGUCUUCAAGAUAACAGAUGAAGAAGAUGAGGUGAUGAUCUCUCUGAUGCAGAAGAGUGGGCGUGGAGACGGAGACCCAGAUAAACUGACAGUGGGAUUCUCAAUAAUGAAGGUUGAAGAAAAUCGGCGUUACAGAGUCCACAGACCACAAGAGAUUGUCAAGUCCUCAGCCUUCAGAAAUAGCCGUUCAAUUUUCCUCCGCCAUACUCUGAAGAAAGGGCGCUAUGUGCUCUUACCGUGUACUUUUGAACCUGGAAAAGAGGGACAGUUUUUGCUGCGGAUGUAUACCAGUUCUGAUAAUGAUGCAAGUGGUUUGGUCCAUGAUCACCCUGUUCCUGGAUUUUAUACGCCAUGUUUUAUGUGGACACCACCUCAGAUAGUAACUAGAACAGUUGUGAAACAAGCAAAUGGCCUUGAAAAUUUGGAUAGAUCCACAGGUGGAGGCGCAGACCCGUACUGUAUCAUAAGCUGUGAGGGAGAGAAGGUGACCACUCCCGUUCAAAAGGACACUCUCAACCCAGGCUGGGACACGGCGGCCAUCUUUUACAGGAAGAAACCGUUAACUAAACCAGUCAAAGUUCAGAUUUGGAAUAGCAACAAUAUCAGGGACGAGUUCAUGGGACAAGCCAUCUUUGUUGCCACUGAGCCAUGUGAGAGUAAAAUACUAGAGGUGGACCUUUACGGAAGAAAAAACGAAAAAGCAACCAAAAAACCAGGGAAGCUGAUCGUUGAAAUGACAAUAUGCAAGGAAGUGGAUGCUCUGUAAAAGAAAGAGUAAAAAAGAAGAAUGCAACUGAAAUACUGUAGAUGUGCAAAAUUUGGUUAAUUGCCCAGUCCUGAAAAUUUACUCAAACUAUCACCAGUCGGUAGAUUUGUGGACAGACUUAGGCAAAAUGAUCAACUUAUUUCAAGAUGUGGGAUUCUCCUCAAUAUUUAAAAUGCAGCUGAAUUUCUUUCUACGUGAACAAAAUUUUAUUAAUUACCCAGACCUGAAAAGUUACUCAUACAAUCACCAGUUGCUAAAUUUAUGGACAAACUUAUGCAAAAUUGUCAACUUGUUUCAAGAUUUGGGGUUCCCUUCAAUAUUUAAAAUGUAGCUGAAUUUCUUUCUAUGUGAAAAAAAUUUCAUUAAUUACCCAGUCUUGCUAGGUUACUCAUACAAUCACCAGUCGGUAAUUUUAUGGACAAACUUAUGCAAAAUGAUCUACUUGUUUGAGGAUCGGGGAUUCCUCUCAAUAUUUACAGCAGAAAACAAUUUUGAUCAGAAGGUACAUUCCCUUCCAUGGGACCCUUGUAAGAUAGUGGCAAGAAGCUUGCAGCAGAGUGAUAGGGGGUUUUAUUUGUUCAUAAAAAAGCUUGGUCUCCAAUUUUAUACCCAAAAUAAAUCAAAAGUAGUUCAAAAAUAUGAAACAGGGUGUCCCGUGUAAUAACAAGCAAGACAUGCUGUUUCUGUGAAAUACUUGUACAGUAACUAAUUUUUAAGGGGACAACUAUGUAGUCUCCAAAUGAAUUAGACCAUUUUUAUUAAUUUUAUCUAUAGGCAAAUAGGUCAUAUUAGACAAAUUUGUUGGGCUGAAGUUUUUUUGUGAACAUGAGUGUUCAGUGUUGAAAAGUGCGACUUCAACAGCAAUUAUUUUCUAACAAUAUAUCUCUUUCCAAUUUCAUUUAUUUUCUGUAAACAAAACGUUGCUAUGAAUAUGUUAAUUAUGCUUUGCUUCUCGCUAAUGUUUGUUUAAUUUCAAAGAAAAUGGACACUUUGAGGGUAACAUGUUCUUUUAAAAGGUAUGAGCAUUCUCAAUAUAGAAUUUUCCUUGUGCAUUUUCUUAGGUUGUUUAGUUUGCAGAAAAAAGGGCAUUUUUUGUUUGUUUUUCUGUCUUGUAUAAAAUUCUAUAAAGUUUUUGAUCUUGUAGCAAAUAGGUCACAUUAGAGACUAACUUAGAUAAUGGUAGAAUUUUUUUGGCUAUGGUGAUGCUUGUUGCUGAGAUAUCUUGCCACAAAGCUAACAGCUUUUUAGUCAUAAAAUGGUCUGGGAGAAUCAAGACUUGCCUUUGCUGCAUGGAUGCAUAACCAAAUAUAUUACCUAGCAAGGGUUUCUCACCAUCCAGCCGUCAUUUGAACAGCCGCCAGUAUCACCAGUUGGCCUAUAUUUUCAAAGAGGGCUGGACAGCUUAUGGAAUUUUGGAAAUUCAACGGCUUUAGGCAUACUUGGACUCCCUUAUAUUUUGUAGGAAAUUACAGGUGGUAAUUUUGGAUGGCCUGUACCCCCAAUCCUGGGAAAAGCCAUUUCCACUGAAAAGGAUGCUUGUAAUAGCAGUGAUAUUUAUUUAUUUAGAUUUUGCCAUUUUGUGCCAAGUGUAGGGUUCAAGUGAUAAACAUUGACUGAAGAGAGGAGCUAGUAAACAAAUUAUUUUAGAGAGAAUACAGGAGCACACAUCAGCAUAUCAUAACUGUGUUUGCAUUUGCUAGCAGAUUUUGAAGAUAUUUUUACUGGUACAUUAUACAUUUAUAUGUUUUCAGGCUUUGCAUUAUAUAUAUAUUAUCUGUGAGGACAACACUGACCUUUAUUAUCCAGAGGAAGGAAAAUGUGUGUAAAAAGUCCAGUUGCAAUUUUAUACUUUUGUAGGUUUUGUCAGCAAAAAAGAUUCUGGUCAAAGUGUUUUAUGUAAUGAUGUUAAAGAAAGUGUUUCAACAAUCAUGGUAUACUAAACAAAUUUCCAAUUUCAUUAGAACAAAAUUUUAUCAUUUAAUUAAAAUUUCUUUAAUGGUUUGUGUAGCUGCAUGAACUUUAUAUAUAACUUGCAUCUGGAAUCUCGAGGAGUCCUUAUUAAGGCAUUAAAUUCUGGGUCAAUUUACUUCACGUAUUUGAAAUUUUUACAUAAAUAGAUGCAUUAUGAUUUAUUAUUUCUGAAAGUGUGGCAUAUUUUUGUAUUGACACAUUUUUUUACAUCCCCACAAUUAAAUAAGGGCAGGUUUAGUGCUUACUGCUUUCCUUGUUUGAAAUGAUUACAAUAGAUAAACAGUCACUGUAACUUUUUCAGAGUGCUAUUUUUAUAGAUGUGAAUCUUUUGCUUGCAAAUUUUCUUACAAAGUGAGUUAUGGUAAAAAUUGGAAUAAAACGCGUCUCAAAAUGCUGUUUA